AUGACUAAGCGUACUGGUCGUGCCUCGGAUGAGGGCGUACACCGGAACACUAGAAACCAACACGCGCGGCAUUCGCGCACAAGUCGAAGAUCUCUAAAGGGUCGAAGAUCGUCAUCCUCGGCGUACCAGGGCUCCUCCGAAUCGGACUGGGUGGCGGCGCGGCGAGCAGCCAGUCACUGCCCGCCCGCCAGCUGUCGAGCGCGGGCGGGACAACACGGAGAUGCUUGCAUCGCGCUCUACGAUGCGAGCCCGAUCGAGUCCAUCCACGACGUCGGCGCCGGCGGGCUCUCGAACGCGCUCCCGGAGCUCGUGCACGACUCUGGGCUGGGGGCAGCAUUCGAGAUCCGGGACCAUGUCCCCGAUGGAGAUCUGGAGCUCUGCCCGGCGCUCGGAGUCGGGAUCCCGGUCGGGAAGGACUCGAUGUCGAUGUCGAUGCGGUGGCAGGAGCGCGAUGGGGAGCGGAAGGAGGUGAGCGCGCCGCUCUCGCUCGUCGUCACGGCGUUCGCGGCGGUCGAGGAUGUGGGGAAGACGUGGACGCCGCGGUUGCGCACCGACGUGGACGGGCCGAUGGUGCUGCUGUUCUUCGACCUUGCGCGCGGGAAGCAGCGCCUUGGAGGCUCGGCUGUCGCGCAGGUGUUCAAGCAGUCUCUGAGCCUCUUCCGCCGCCCCAAUGUCACCAUCCUGCGCGAGCAGAGCGUGAACGGGCACAUCGAGAUGGCCCGGGCCUUCGACGCCGUCGACGUGCACAUGUCCGACAUUCUCUCCGGCGCAGUCCCGCUCUCCUCCUUCCGCAGGCUCACGGCCUGUGGCGGCUUCUCGUACGGCGACAUGCUCGGCGCGGGGCACGGCUGGGCGUCCUCCCUCCUUGCCGCGCUCGCGGAGGUGAUCCCCAGCGCGGCGGACUGGCCCGCGUUCCGCGCAAACCGCUCCGAGCGCCUCGAGGCGCGCGUCGCCGUCGUCGAGAUCGUGUCUGGGCCCGCGACCGCACGUUCCGUCUUCCUGCGCGAUAUGCCAGCGGGCGCGCGCCUGCCUGUCGCGGUCGCGCACGGGGAGGGCCGCCCGGUGUUCGCGCGUGAGGGACAGCGCGCUGCAUUAGAGGCGUGUGGGCUCGUCGCGACGGCUGACGGGCGGGUGCUCGCGCUCCUGCCGCACACGGAGCGUGUUGUGACGAUGGAGAGCAACAGCCGGUAUCCGCCAGAGCUGGCGGAGGUGUGGAAGGGUGUUGGGCCGUGGUUCCAGCUGUUCCGCAGCGGCGCGAGCCUGAAGUGGUGCGGGAAGUGA